AUGACUACACGCGUCAAUAUCUCACGCGCCACCGCCGCAUUUGCCUUGGUCUCUCUCCUCCUCUCCGCCGUAUUCCACUUCUCCGCCGCCGAUGGAAAUUGUAGCACGAAAUGCAUUGCAGAGCAAUGUGACACGAUGGGAAUCAAAUACGGGAAGUAUUGCGGGGUAGGUCAUUCGGGUUGUAUCGGCCAGAAACCGUGUGAUGAUGUUGAUGCGUGUUGCAUGGUUCAUGACGAUUGUGUUGGCGAAUUCGGAAUGACUAAUGUGAAAUGCCAUAACGAGUUUAAAAAGUGCUUAACCAAAGUUCAGAAAUCUGGGAAAGUUGGAUUUUCGAAACGGUGUCCGAUCAGCACCGUUGUGCCUACGAUGACAAGAGGCAUGGACUUAGCCAUCAUGCUGAGCCAAUUUAGUGAAAACGCUCAUGAACUGUAG